AUGAAGUGGUUAAUAAUUUCAUGUAUUUUGUGUGUAUUUGGUUGUUUUAAAGAAUUUAGACCUUCAGAAUCUUUCAUAACUGAUUAUUUAGUAGGACCAUGGAAAAAUUUUACAGAUAUUCAAGUAAAUCAAGAAAUAUUUCCUAUUAGCACAUAUUCCAAUUUUGCAACAUUAGUUAUUGUAUUUUUAAUAACAGAUUUUGUACAAUAUAAACCUAUAAUUAUUUUGUGUGGUCUUUCUGGAGCUACUACUUUUCUUUUAUUAGUACUUGGACAAGAUAUUUGGAUUAUGCAAAUUGUAGAAUGUUUUUAUGGCCUAUUUCUUUCUACAGAGGUUGCAUAUUAUACAUAUAUCUAUGCUAAAGUUGACAGAAAACACUAUCAAGAAGUAACUAGUCAUACAAAAGCAGCAUGUUUAUUUGGUCGUUGUAUGUCUGGUAUUAUUGCCCAAUUAACAGUAUCUUUUGAUAUAUUAAAUUAUCAUCAAUUAAAUUAUAUUACAGUAGCAGCUAUUACAUUUGCAACAAUAUGGUCAUUUUUUUUACCUUCAGUUGGUCAAUCUAUCUACUUUCAUAGAAAAGGUAGCAAUCAUGCAAAUUGUGUUUCUUUAACACAGAAUGCAAUAACUACAUUGCAACAAAAAAAUUGUAAUCAAAAAUUGCACAUACCUGAACAACAAAAUGUGUGUUCUUCUCCCAACACAAAUGUUUCAUUGGUGCAUAAAGUCAAAGAAGUUUACCUUUUAUUAUGGAAAGAUUUUUUAGAAGCAUAUUCAAAUAGUCAUGUUGUAAAAUGGUCAAUAUGGUGGUCAUUUUCAACUUGUGGAUAUUUACAAGUUAUUAGUUAUAUUCAAUUAUUGUGGAAAACUACAGUAUUACCUGGAGAUAAAAUUUAUAAUGGAGCUGUAGAUUCUUUGUAUACAAUUAUAGGUACAAUAACUGUUUUCUGCAUUGGAAAGGUACCACUUAAUUGGUUUUUAAUUGGAGAUGUAAUAGUAUCAUUUAUGUCUUUUGUGGAAGGGAUUUUGUUAGUGAUAUCUUCAUAUAGUUAUAAUAUUUGGUUAUUAUAUGCAGCAUAUAUAAUAUUUGGAAUCAUUUAUCACACAAUGGUUACUGUUGCAAGCUUUGAAGUUGCAAAAUGUAUAUCAGAAGAUAGUUAUGGUUUAAUAUUUGGUAUAAACACUUUUUUUGCACUAUUAUUGCAAAGUGUAUUAACAGCUAUAGUAGUGAAUGGGAAUUUAGAAUUAGAUCUGAGAUCUCAGUAUUUUGUUUAUGGUGGUUAUUUUAUUGCCCUAUCAAUACUUUAUAUGAUAGUAGGCAGUUUAAAUAUCAUACAGCAUUGUAGGAAAGGCACAGGAUUUAAAAUAUGGGCAAAGGAUAACAGAAACACUGAAGAUGAAACAGUUACCAAAAUUACUAAGCUUUAA